AAAAACCCUACAAAUCUAUGUGAAAGGUAUGAAGAGCGCCAAACAUCAUUCAUGGAGGACGACGCCAAGGAGAGAUGUGGGACUUCAGCCCCUGUUGGAGUGCCUUCGCAUCUUCUUCUUCUACUCAAGACCACCGACCUUCUUCUUCUCAAUUUUUAUUACUAUUUUCUGAUUCUUCCCCUAAUUUCUGAUUUCUAAUUUCUAGUUUCCAUCUACUCUCAUUCUCCAAUCACUUGCCCCUGCUCUUCUUCUUAGUUUUGUUUUUCCAAAACCCCAGAUUCUGUUUUCCCUAAUGUGACGGAUUGCUUGUUGUUCUGCUUCUGCUCCACAAUGGACUUCUCAGAAGAAUGGAAGUCGAUAUGGCCAAUCUCUUCAGUCUUCACUCCCCCGCUCCUCAUCUCCUCAAAACCCUCUCUCGGUCCUCUCUUUUUCAAUCCUUCUCCCAAUACCCUAACCCCCCUCUUCUCCAAACCCUCCUUUUCCUUCCCUCCUCACCUCCCUCGCUCCUCUCUCCUCCACGACCGCCUCCACCUCCUCCGCUGCCCAAAUGCCGCCGUUUUGGCCCUCUUUCCCACCGGCGUCAACUCCGACCAAAUUGGGUUUCUGCUAUUGUCCGUAAAGGACUCCUGCUUGGAUGUUAGGGCUGAUCGAAACGGCGAUGUUUUUGUGUCAAAGAAGCGGCUCAAUCAUCGGAUUGUUCAGAUUUUGGCCACCCCAAUUGGGUAUUCGUUUUCAGGUAAUCCUGAUUCUGUUGGGUUGGUCUUGGCUUGUACAAUGUAUUCUGUUCAUUGGUUUAGUGUUAGAAAUGAUAACAUCGACUCCGAGCCGGGGUUGAUUUAUCUGGGUGGUAAGGUGUUCAAGAGUUGUGCUGUUGUGAGCGCUUGUUGGAGUCCGCAUUUAUCCGAAGAGUGUUUAGUUCUGUUGGAGAGUGGUGAAUUGUUCUUGUUCGAUUUGGAUUAUUGUUGUUCAAAUUCAAAUUUUAAAGGAAAUAGAUUGAAGAUCAUGUGGCACAAUGCAGAUUGUUCAGGAGAUGGUAAAUGGUUGGGUUGUGAAUUUAGCUGGCAUCCUAGAAUUUUGAUUGUUGCACGAUCAGAUGCUGUGUUUUUAGUCGACUUGAGGUUUGAUGAAUGCAGCGUGAGCUGUUUAGCAAAGAUUGGGAUGCCAAGUGUAGGUGAAUUGGUGCAUAAGGAGCCGUUCAUUUCAUUUUCUAUGGCAGGUUCUAAUGGCUUUCACUUUACUGUGGCGUCUAAUAGUUUGUUGUUUCUCUAUGAUAUUCGUAAUCCAUUGAUACCUGUGUUGCAAUGGUCGCAUGGUAUUGACAAACCUUGUUAUGUUCGUGUGUUUAAAUUGUCUGAAUUGAGGUCACACUCAAAGGAUGACAAAUAUAAAGAGGCUUCAGAGUCGGCAUUUUGUAUUAUAAUGGGAUCAUUCUGGAAAUGUGAGUGCCGAAUGUUCUGCUAUGGAUCUUCCUUUCAAGAUCCUAAAGGGUCAACUGCUUAUGAAAUUUCGAAACUUUGCAAAUCCUAUUAUGCAUGGGAACUCCCUUCAGAGCUUUCGUUGCUUGGUAAUGAGUGUUUUUGUGGAACUUGUCUUUCAAGGAAAGAGUUUUUGAAGGGUACCCUUCCUGUGUGGGUUAAUUGGCAACAAAAGAAGGACAUAGUUGUGGGUUUUGGAAUACUUGACAAGGAUCUGUCUGCCCUAUUAUAUGAGCCAGAUAGUUUUGGUGGGUUUACAUUGAUUCGGUUGAUGUCCUCAGGAAAGCUUGAAUCACAGAGAUAUUAUGCUUCAUGGGAUCUUGUAAAGAAGUCAGAAAUAGCCCACAAUAACUCCUUGUCUGAUUUUAAAGAUUAUAUGUACAGUAUGGGUGAUUUGGAAUAUGAAUAUAUUAAGAAAUUUAAGUAUUUCAAACUUGCCUACCUAUACGAAUAUUUUUGGAAUGCUGAUCUUGCUAAACUCCUCAUUUGGAAUAUGAAGAAGCCUUGUGGGGGUCCCCUACAAGAGCCAUCUUUUAAUGUAGACUUUCGUGAUCUUAUUCUUGAAAAAUUGAAGGCUUGUGGGUUCUCAAGAUCAUCUUCAGUUUCUGAUGUUUUUAGAGAUAUUAGCAUUCCGACAAGCAUACAUGAAGUUACUUGGAGGAGACUAUGGUCAGGACUCCCUGUUGGUCUUUUACAGUGGGCAUUUUCAAGCUACUCUGAAUUCCUUGAAGUACUUGUGGACAAGAAGCAGGUAUCCUUGGAAUUCUUAAUUGUACCAGACUCACCCCAGUUGCCUCCUUUCUUCUUAAGAAGGCCUUCAUGCCGUAGCAAUAAGUGGUCUCACAAAGUGCAACGUGAUGAUGCUCUUGUGGGUCCAGUACUUCCUCUUCCUAUUUUAUCUUUGCUUCGAGAUAUUCAUGAUACUGGGUGCUUUGAUUUGGAAGAAGCAGAUGGGUUUUCAUUUCAGGAAGAAGUUUCCCUAGAAUGCAAUGAAGUCAUGAAGGUCACUAGUGAAAUGGCUGUGUCAGACUCUAGCUCUGAACUUCAUGGUGACCAUGCUAUCUCCCUUGCUAAUGACAGGGAAGAGACAUGGAUUGACACUCAGAAUCUAAAGCCUUUCUACUUAUAUGAUCAGCAACCAUUUUCAGCUAAAUGCUCUAGACUGGAUCCUAGGCAGGAUACCUCUGGUUAUAAGGAUGAGAGAUUUGAUACCUUGAUUUUCAAAAAGCCUAAGGAACUUCUUGUUGAUGGUGAGGUGGAAACAAGGGUUGGGCUAGAAUUGUUUGAUGACCUUUCCUCAGUAGAAUUGAAGUUUGAUGCUCCUGCUAUGAACUUUGAAGCAAAGGAAUUGCAAGCGUACAAAGCAUUAAAGAGGCAGUUCUUGAAAUCAAGAAGUUUUGACUUAUAUCAGGACUUCUUUAAUCGAUACAAAGUCCAAGACCAACAUCCAUAGUUUUCAUAGGGAAUCCUCAAAAAUUUUGUAUGGAUACAUGUUAGCUUGGGGGGACCAGCAAACCUCAGCAGCCCAUCCAAAUACUAUGCAUGGAAAAGCUGUUUCAGUGACUAGUGAUGAGACCAACGAUGCUCCUGCUUUGCAUGAUUUUUGACUUGCCCUGAGCCUAGCUGGAACAAAGGUAUAUUAAAGACCAUGAUAGAUGAAUCCUUAUGGAAUGCAAAAUCCAUCUAAAGCUCCCAUGCAGUAAGAGACUAUGAUUUUGCCAUCAGAGGCAGACUCAGAGAGUUCAAAGAGGAUAGGGUGGAAGCAAUAUUAGAUUACAUUGGAGAUGUGUGUGGCAGAUAAGAGGAGAAUGCUUUGCCAAUGCCCUCCCAUAAAACUUACAUGAUACAACAUUAUAAAUGUUCACAUGCCCUCUCUUUUGUUUUCAUUUUCUUUUUCUUUCUUGUGCUUCUGUAUAUAUGUAUGGCAAUUUCUCAAUUUGAUGGAUAAUGUACAAAGUUCAAAUUCUUUUCUCAACCAAAAUUCAAAAUCCAUUUGUCAAAUUCAAUAAUAAUUGGUUUGUUCUCAUAA